AUGGGAACAAGCAGUUCUACUUUUCAAUUCAAUUUCUCCCAAUAUUAAUAUUUACAAGAAAUUUUAGAUCCUAGAUUUGGAGAAGUUAAAUUGUACUAGAAAAAUGAGACAGGUGAACUGAUUUGUGUAAUUGAAAAAAUACAAACCUAACCACCGAAACCUUUUAAGAAACUUGAGCACCCUAAUUUAUUAAAAGUUCAUUACUAUUCUGCUUCUACAUUCAAAGAAGUCUGUUCUACCUUUACAAAAUUAUACAUCGUAUAUGAAUACAUUAAUAACGAUCUUAAAACUAUCAUUAGCAAUCGAUACAAGAAACAAUAAUAUUUCACUGAAUCCUAACUUUGGGCUAUCGCUUAUUAGAUUCUGGAUGUAUUAAAUUAUUUAAAACGAAAUGCUAUUUUUCCUAUGGAAAUGAGGAAUUUAUACAUUUCAAAUCAAGGAUAUCUAAAAUUCAAUUCCAUUUUUGAUAACCAUAUGACAUCAUUUUAAUAGGUGCUCAGUCAAUUUAGUGAAGACUUUCAUAUAUCCCCAGAAGAAUUGUCACUUUUCAAAAAUUAAUCGAAUUUCAAUAAUCUCAAUCCAGAAUAGUGCUAAAUCUUUUAAUCUGGCUUAACUAUCCUAUGGGCAGCAUCUCUGAAUGAUCCAUCCACACUCUUCAAUAAGAUCGAAUUGAGGCUGAAUGAAUAAGAUCUGUAUUUAAGAAUCUCAGAUUUAUAAUACACUGAUAACUUUAAGACUUUUCUUAUUAAAAUGCUUUAAAUUAAUCCGUCAGAAAGAGGUACUUUGGAUUAUUUAUUACAUUUCACUUAAAAAUUUGAAAAAAAUGAUGAUCUUCUAAAAAUUCAUAAACUUGAUCCCAUUCCAAAUAAUCAUGAUAUAGUUCCAAAUAAUCAAGAUCUUAUUCCAAAUAAUCAUGAGAAUGAUGAGUAUGAAUACUAAUCAUAAUCCUCGCAAAAUUAAUCAAAUAGAAAACAAAAACCAAACUUAUAAUCAAAUAAAAUUUUACAGUUUCAAAAAUAAAUCUCCUUGAUUGGUUCAAUAACUUUAAAAUCAGAAAAUCAAGAAAUAAAUAAGAACAACCAAAUAUUCACCAAUAAGUUGUUUCAAUAUGAUAAUCAAUAAGAUAAUAAUAAUUUUUAUUAACAAUAGAAAUCAAAAUCAUUUUUAUAAUUUAAAACCCCUGACUCUUCUCCUAUACAAACUUCCAGAAAACCCCCUUCAAUAUCAGCAUCAAAAAAUCAAUUAAAUAGUACUUCAAAACCUAAAAUACCUAAUUAGUAUUAAUUAAACAAAGAAAAAAUAUGUGACACUAGUUAUUUUUCAUAAUAAUCCCUUUUGAGUAAUAAUAAAAGUUAAAGGAGCUUAUUAGAAAAUAGAAUUGAAGAAGCCUUAAUGAAGAGUAAAUUAGCCUUAGCAAAGUUUGAUUAAACCAUUAAAUAAAAUAAUUAUUAUAAACAUUGA